CAAAACGAGCUCCAGAGCACCACCACGAAGAAACGCACGGAUUCCUCCUCCAGUUCCUCCUCCUUCCCAUUGCGUGAUCCCGCCGCCCCGCGAGCGCCCUUCGCGCUCUGGCGAAAGGUCCGUGUUUUUCUCCGAGCGCCGAGUUAAACUGCUCUUUAAUCUCUGUGUCGGUUCUUCCUUGCCUCGGGAAAUCGGGUCGUUCUUUGUGCGGCGGUGCGUUAUUGCGCGCUGCUGUAAUGGGUUUGGGGGAGGUUUUGGAUGGAAAUUGAGGGAGGAUUUUGGGCGGGGAUCGAUGGGAGAAGGUGCAGUUUUUCUCCCCCUGAUUUGGGAGACGUCAGGUGUGACAUCAUAGGUGUUGAGCUCGAAAUAGGACGGGUGGCUCCUGGGAUUGGACUUGUGAAAUCUUUGCAAGGACAUUGGAGACGCGAUGUCAAAGUCACCUCUUUACCUGCAUCCACACGGAAACUUCCUUCAUGUGCAGGGUUUAUUUUAUUUUUUUUGAAGUAAACCAGGAGCACUGGCAGAUCGUUUAAGAAGGAGAUGAGGCGCCCCGUCGAGCCGGCGCUCGAACCGCGGCGGGUAGCGUGAGCCCCCGCUCACCUGACCAACUGAGCCCCCGCUCAGUUCUCAUGUGCAGGGUUUAAAAGGUGGUUGUCAUUCCUUAUAUAGAAGUGUAUCUGCUGUGGCAGUAACCGCUCUGUGACCGCUGCAAGCAACCUUGUGUUCUCAUGGCUCAGUCUCACGACAUGAUGAGCAGGAAACCACCCGGUCUUCGGUUAUUUGGAAGUGCCGGUUCUCUAAGAACAUACCAAACCCUUGUCCUGGUUCUUACAUUCUUUGCUUACACAUGCUUUCAUAUGACUCGGAAGAUCACAAGCAUUGUCAAGAGUGCACUUGAUCCCCAAACAAAGGUUGGUUUUUCUCACUGGGGACGGUUGCACACAAGCAACAGCUUAAACAUGGGCUGGUUGCCAUUUAACACCGUUGAUGGCUCAGCAUUGCUUGGUGAGAUUGAUGUUGCAUUCCUUGCUGUAUAUUCUGUUGGGAUGUUCUUUGCUGGACAUAUUGGUGACCGGAUGGAUUUAAGGAUCUUUCUGACAAUCGGCAUGCUUGGGACUGCCAUAUUCACAACUCUCUUUGGUGCUGGUUAUUGGCUGAAUGUCCACAACUUCUACUAUUUCUUGGUUAUACAGAUGAUUUCUGGUCUGUUUCAAUCAAUCGGGUGGCCUUCAGUUGUUGCUGUUGUUGGAAACUGGUUUGGGAAGAGCAAGAGGGGGUUGAUCAUGGGCAUAUGGAAUGCACACACUUCUAUUGGGAAUAUAGCGGGCUCGUUACUUGCUGCGUUCCUGCUGAAGUUUGGCUGGGGCUGGUCUUUUGCCAUCCCCAGCCUGAUCAUGGCUUUUGUUGGGUUGAUAGUGUAUAUUUUCCUGCCGGUUAAUCCUGAGGUAAUGGAAAUAGACAUUGACAGCAGGGAAUUUAACUGUGAGAAAGACACCGUGAAGGAGCCCCUUUUGGAACCGGGCCAAGAAGUGAAACAUAAGGCAGUAGGUUUCUUAGAGGCAUGGAGGAUUCCUGGAGUAGCGCCAUUUGCUCUUUGCCUCUUUUUCUCCAAAUUGGUUGCAUAUACCUUCCUGUAUUGGCUACCAUUCUACAUCAGCCACACACGUAUUGGUGGUGAGUACCUCUCUGAUGCUACGGCCGGCAGCUUAUCUACAAUCUUCGAUGUUGGUGGUGUGUUGGGAGGGGUUCUUGCUGGUCACAUCUCCGAUCGCUUAAAUGCGCGGGCAAUCACAGCUGCUAGCUUCAUGUAUUGUGCAAUACCUGCCCUAUUCUUAUACCGCACAUAUGGGAGCAUGUCGAUAGUUUGGAAUAUCUGCCUCAUGUUCAUCACUGGCAUGUUUGUCAAUGGGCCUUAUGCCCUGAUCACAACUGCUGUGUCAGCUGACCUUGGCACUCACAGUUCUUUGAAUGGCAAUUCCCGAGCACUGGCCACUGUGACAGCAAUCAUUGAUGGGACAGGAUCUGUCGGUGCUGCCAUCGGGCCUUUGCUGACAGGAUACAUCUCAUCGGAGAGUUGGAGUGCUGUGUUCACAAUGUUGAUGGCAGCAGCUCUCCUUGCUGGGCUCCUCUUGACAAAGCUUGUAUGUGCUGAGCUGAAAGGAAAAGUGCCUUCCAAUGCUAGCAAGGACGCCACUGACACACAAGGUACUUACUCAAACGAAGUGUAAGUGCAAUCUGGUUUCCCUAAGGAAGUUGUUCCAAACUUCCAGUGAAUGCCUGCUCUGAAGCUGGCAGGUUGCCGGUUCCUACUGCCUAUCUUGAUCGCUUUGGAUCUCGAGACUGAAAAAAGGCGAUGAGAUGUGGUUGCUGAGUGACCUGCUCAAACGAAGCUUCAGAUGAUAGUUUUCUUGUGUUCAAGUAUAGAGGCAGCAGAACAUAGAUGUGUGGGUGCGUAGAUCAGUUUUCAGGUUUAUAAGAUGAGGUGAAAACACCUCAAAAGAUCUAGAGCCCAAAUAUAGGCACAUUUUAGGCGCCUUGUAAAUAUAUUGGGCAAUAAGGUCAGGCUUGGUGCUGGUUGCAUUACUAGAUAUAUAAUUGUCUGUGAUUGUUGUUUAGAUCAGGGUAGAUCAAAGGGAUGAAUCUCCCUUUUGUACAAGAUGAUACGGGAAUGGCCAACUCUGCAUUUACUAGAAAUGUUGGCCUCCUUUUGUACGUGUAAUCAGUGUGAUGGGAGGUUCGGAAAAUUUUGAUUGAAAGCUCAGGGGAAAGUGUUGAUUCACGAAAAAA